AUAUUAAAAUUUUUAUUGAUUAUGGAUGACUCCUCCGAGCCAUUCAAAAAAAUCGCAAUCUGGGACAUCCUUCGACUAUCAUUGGCUCUCGACCAACAUAUCUUGACUCACUAUGGGAUCGCAUUAGGAAAGAUGGAUAUGAUAUACAUAUAUAUGAUAAAGUUAUUUAUGAGAAUGAUACUAAAAAAGAAAAAAUGACCGAUAAUGCAAUGGGAUUUCACAUAGAUUAAAUUAUUUUCACAAAA